AGCGUGCCUGAAAGGAGAAGAUCGAGUUUGUGUAAUAAAUAUUAGAGACGAUCGCUGAGUCUGCCAUAGCGGUGCUGAGGGGUAAAGGAGGGAGCGAGGGGCUACUUUUAUUUCGCAACCCCCUCCCCGCCCCCCAACUACUCCCCGGUUGAAAAAACACUGAAGACAGAGAAGCAAAUCAGCAGUUGUACCUGGCGAACCCUCCCCUUCCUCCUAAACUGCCAGCCCCCCACCCAUCCCAGAUCAAUUCCAGUGCCAGGCUCUGUCUCCUUAAGCCUCAGGUUUAUAACUGCGGUGAAUGGAAAGUUUCGCCUGGUAUUUGUGCUCUGGUCUAGCAUUGGGUGUUCGCUUCUGGCAGCUUACUGAGCUGCACCAUUUGACCGACUGCAAACACAUCCAGGAUAUAUAUCCCACUGGAAAAUUCACUAAUCUUGACUCCAGGUUUUUUUUCUCCCCUUUGCUUCGGGAAACUUGCCAUCGGAUCUUUAGGCGCGAAUACCGACAGACUUUGCGACUCUUCACAUCAGAGUUUUUUUUUGAAAUCCGACAAGUAUAUGAAUGGAUAACACGUUACACGGAGGCUCUUAAGAUCUGUUGGAGUUGCUCGUGGGCUUGACUUGUCUUUUGUUUUUAUUUUGCCACCGGGAUGAUGUAUUCUCCGAUUUGUCUCACGCAGGUAGAUGAAUUCCAUCCAUUUAUUGAAGCACUUCUUCCACAUGUUCGUGCAAUUGCAUAUACCUGGUUCAAUUUACAAGCCCGAAAACGUAAAUACUUCAAGAAGCACGAGAAACGAAUGUCUAAGGAUGAAGAAAGAGCAGUAAAAGAUGAGCUGCUGAGUGAGAAGCCAGAAAUCAAGCAAAAGUGGGCAUCAAGGUUACUUGCAAAACUCCGCAAGGACAUCCGGCAGGAGUACCGGGAGGAUUUUGUGCUCACUGUUACAGGCAAGAAGCACUCUUGCUGUGUCCUGUCCAACCCUGAUCAGAAAGGCAAGAUGCGAAGAAUCGAUUGUCUACGGCAAGCUGACAAGGUGUGGCGUUUGGAUCUAGUAAUGGUGAUCCUGUUUAAAGGCAUCCCAUUGGAAAGUACUGAUGGAGAGCGUCUUGUCAAAUCCCCACAGUGCACCAAUCCACUACUCUGUGUUCAGCCCCAUCACAUAACUGUAUCGGUGAAAGAGCUUGAUUUGUUUUUGGCUUACUACGCUCAGGAACAAGAAUCUGGUCAUGCAGAUAGUCCCAGCCACAGUGAAUCUACGAAAAUUACUCCAGCAUAUCUAGAAGACAGCUUUGUAAAGUCUGGAGUCUUCAGCAUUGGAGAGCUUGUGCGAGUGUCACGAACGGCUAUUACUCAAGGAAGUGGGAUUAGUUACAACCUUGCAGAAAUUCAAAGCCAACCAUUCUACCAUGACAUAAACUCUGGACUACAGAGGUCAUUGUCCUCUCCACCAGGCAGCAAACGGCCUAAGACGAUUCCUAUUGAUGACACCAUAGACACCAGCCCAACAGAAUUCUACCCUUCUCCCAACUCACCAACCAGCGUCAGCCGAACGUGGCAUGAAAGAGAUCAAGAAAUGGCAUCUCCUACAAUGAAGAAACAUGAGAAACCAAUGUAUAGUGGGCCCACAUCUCCUCAAGGUUCAUCACCAAGACUGAGCACUUUCCCACCACAUCAUCACCCUGGCAUCCCAGGACACAGCGUCAUCUCAACAAGAAGCCCACCUCCUCCUUCACCUCUACAUUUUUCAGCAUCCUCCAUUCUCCCUCCUGCACCCAGUAGUUACUUCUCGCACCCAACAAUCAGAUACCCACCACAUCUUACCCCUCAGGACUCAGCAAAGAACUUUGUUCAACUCGGCUGUGGCCCAUCCAAUCCACAAACAAGCCAGCCCAACAGUAGUGGUCAAGUAGUGGGCAAAGUGCCUGGUCAUUUUACUUCAGUACUGGCUCCCUCACCUCAUCAUGGCAUGUCCAGACCAGUGACACUUGCCAUGUCUUCAGACACUAAACCCAUCACUACAUCAAGCGAAGGUGAGGCAACAUCAUCUUCAUCAUCCACUUACACGGGUUCAGGUACACCCCCGACCAACCGCCAAUUUGUUGGACUCAGCUCCAGGGACCCAGCCUUCCUCCACCAGCAGCAGCUGAGGAUUUGUGACUGGACCAUGAAUCAAAACGGCAGGCAUUUAUACCCCAGUGCCAGUGACGAUACUUUGGGAAUUGCUUGGCAAAGUCCUGGUACUUGGGCUAGCUUGGUCCCAUUCCAAGUGUCAAAUGGGACUACCAUCCUGCCAACAAAUGUUCAGAAUUACAGUUUAAACUUCAUCAGUGAACCCUUCCUCCAAGCAGAGACAACAAACUGAAGAUAAUGAAGAUCAAAUAUCAUCUCUGGAUCAACAACAAAUGUUUUCAGAAACACAGAAACGUGAUUGCUGCAUUCACAAUCACCAAAUUCUUGCAAACUUAAAAUUUGCAUAAAUGGUAUUUCAUCAGUAAUACAGUGAGGGUGAUUUUCAUACUUGGAUAACACAUCAUGCCAAGCACUGGCCUUUAUUGAACACUGGGAUCCACUAGGGGACAGUUGUUUUAAUUUACAGAUCUGACAAACUUAAAACACUUAUUAGCUUUUAGAUGUUUAAGACUUUGCAUGUUUAAGUAAUUAGUGGGGUUCAGGUAACUAUUUUUUUAUUCACUCAGUCCAGGAGUAGUAAAACUACAGCCCAGUCUUUUUGAUUGAUAAGGGUUUACUUGUAUGAUAAAGGCUGGAUGAGGAAUGUACAUGUAAUUAUGUGUUUUCUACAAACUGUUGUCUGAGGGGACAAAAAGCCCACAAAGCACACAAUUAGACUAUGCACACUAUGAUACUACAGAAAACAAAACAAAAAGAUGUAGAUGGAGAUUUACUGAAUUUAUGUUUAAUGAUUGGCUCACAAAAUUGCUUCUUGUCACUGAACCCAUUUUCCUUUCACUUUUAGUGUUUAGUAUGCAGAUCUGAACAAAUCCUCUUAGAUAAAGAUAAGUAUUUGGAAAAGCAUCAUAUUUAGUUUUAAGCAGUAAUAGUCCCUCACAGUUUAAGAUGCUUUGAAAUUAACUGAAUACAAGAAUGAAGCUCACUGAUAGUUUUUUGUUGCCCUUAAAAUGUCAGUAAUUCUUUAAAAAAAACACUUAAGAGGCAAGUGCAAUUUAUCAUAUCUGAUUGAGGGGUUUAAUAUAAGUCCUUGUGCCCUAGGACUCUAAAUUGAGGGGAUGUAAUAUAACCUUAAAAUAAGUCUGAUCAUUUUUUUUGCCCCUCCCCCAUUGAGAAUGUGUAUUAAUUAAGGGGCAUAAAUGAAUAAUAGACACAUGCUUGCUUAGGAAGGCAAUUAAACACAAUUGAAAAUACUGCACUUGAUUCCUUAUACUCCAUUUGCUCCUUGGAGUUUAAAAAUAUAUAAUAUAUAUGUAUCAAGUGUGUCAGGAAAAUAAAGCAUGGCGUAAUCAGUUUCCAAGAUGCUAAUGUGAAAGUGUCACUCGGAGCUUAUUGGUGAGCAGCACCGCAGUUUACAAAUCAAUGGCGACAGGGAUGCAGCAGCUAAGUUUCUCGCACUCUACUGAGUAAACACUAUUUUUAACCACAGGGUGCCGAAUAAUGCAUGGUGCUUUUCUUGCACAAUUAGCCUUGCUAUCUGCCUGAUAGUGCUAGUGGCAGGACUCCAGUGUGCAUGUCAAGUCAGUUUUGCCCCUUCUGUUUCUCUGUAACUCUAAUAGAUCUUAUCCUUGAUUUGCACGAAGUUAUAUAGUCCACAUUACGUGCCUUGCCUUUGAAAUGAAACAGUGACAUCACUGCACACGUUUGCUGCAUAUAUUAUAGCUCAUCUUAUGAAAACUACCAUUUGUAUGAAAGAAAUUAUUUUGUACUCCAGAGGAGAGUGUGACAUCACUAAUUGUCAAUAUUCAAAUACUUUGUUAUCUCAUUUAUAAAGCAUAUCAUGGCUGUGAAUAGUUGGUGCUUAAAAUUUUUAAUCAGCCAGUAAUAUUUUUCAGUAUUUUUGGCAAGUUUUUUCUAUUAAUCUUUCAUGUUUUUCAUCUUUCAAUUACUCAUUUGGGGUUUUUUGAACUUUUAAGAAUUAUGCAAUACCAAGUUUUGUCUAAAUAGGUAAAGCUUUUAGCUGUAUUGAUUAUCACAAGUUAGUAUGCAGAUUAGCUGAUGUACGCUUUUUUUCCAUUUAAAUUGACCAAAGUUGGUGCUGCUUUCUAUGCAGUAUGGUAGGUCUUUACAAGAUGGUUAAGGGGAGAUGUUUUGGGGAGGGGGGUACUUUUAAGAAGAACUCUACAGCACAGUUGUGAAGCAAAAUGGCAUUUUCCAAACACAGGCUGCAAAGUAACUAUUCUGUCAACUGUGACAAUCUCUCAGCUACGUCCUUCUUUCGACUUUCCACCUGGGGUGCAAGAUGAAUUCAUUGAUUUACAAAAAUAUUAAAAUGUAGUCAUUUUCAUUGGAGACAGGCUUGACUUGAGCUUCAAUAUUUAUUGAACAGCUAGGAUUUUCUCUUGUGAAAAUUCACUUUGGCAGAGCUCCAUCUCUCUGCUGGCCCCAAAAAACCAGAAGCAGAACUGUGGGUCUUAAAUCACCUUUUCACUGACCUGCUCAGUCUCUUUGCCCUGAGAGCUAAUUGUCAAAUCCAGUCAGGAACUUGUCAGAAGUUGUUUUGAGAUGAAAUGCUCUUACAUUUACUUCUGGCAGACUGCUUAAUUAAAAAAGAAUCUCUUCCAGUGUCCACAAGGGCAUUCUAAUUUGGCUUCUUUUUUAUCAUCAUCAUUGUUUACUGUUAAGCAAAAUUCAAUUACAGAUCUAACCAUCAAAAGCUGCAAAAAUCCAGUAUGACUUGUAAAUUUGCUGUGACUCAAAUUAUAAUUUUAAAUACAGAGAAAUCUGAAGAAAUUCGUCAGGUCCGGCAGCACCCCUGGAGAAAGAAACAGAGUUAAUGUUUUGAGUAAGAUAUGGACAGGUUCUGAAGAAGAGACAUACCAGACUCAAAACAUUAAUUCUAUUUCUCUCUCCACAGGUGCCGCCAGACAUGCUGAGAUUCUCCAUCUUUUUCUGUGUUACUGAAUUUCCAACAUCUGUAGUAUUUUGCCUUUAUUCAAUAAUUUUAACUGUGUUGAAUAAAAGUACUGUUUACUAGCUCUAAAUUGUAGAGAUUAAAUAUAGGUCUGUCUAAUUGGAAUAAUAAUGCUGCCUGGAAAACACAAAGAUACAAAUCUUAAAGUAAAGAUCUUUUAAAUGCUUUUGAAUUUUAAAGAAAAGCAAACUACUUAAAUGGUAUUCUAAAAACUUGCUUCAACCUGUUGCCUCCCAUUUCAAGUGAACAGGAUUCGCAAAAUGUGGAUUAAGGUUUCUUGAAAACAGACAAAAAGGAAUGGGAAGUAUUUGCAACUCAAGUCAAGUCUCUGUUCUCCUCCUUCACCAGGAUGUUAAAUCUGAUAAAUUGAAGACACCCUGUUCUAUAUGCACUGUUUCUGUAUUUCCCUAAGGUGCUUUGCAGUCUGAGUGUUGGUGCUACCAGUGAAGUGCAUUUCCCCGUGUGAUGUAAAAGUUAAGGCACAAUACAUUGGGGGAUUUGUAAAAAAAAAACUGUAGGAGACUUGUUCUGAAAAAAAUAAAUAACUAUAGCAAUAGCUGUGGGAGUAUGAUUCAGACAUGGCAGCUCAGUGUUAGUCGAUUUGUUAUGGCUGUGUAAUGUGAGGGGAAACAAAGAGGGGUCUUGAAAAUGAGCCACCCGCCUUGCAGACUAAUUUGUACACUGUAUAGUUUUGUUAAGAACAUUUUAAAGUAAUUACCCUUUUUUGUAAUGCUAAAUUUUUUUAAAUGAGUUAAUUGGGGGAAGAAAUGAUUACACUGGCUUUUGAAAGACCAGUUUAUUAUGCCAUUUUUAAGAGGAAGAAAAUCCUGUCUGGAAGCUGGACUUGAGUUAAAACUCUCCAGUUACCUAAUUUAUAUAUUAAAAAGAACUCAGUCCAUAUGGGAGUUUGUGUAUUCCUAUGCUUAAGAAGUGUAGGUUCCUAAUUUUUAAUCCAGUUUUAAAUGGAGAAAAGUUAUAUUUUAUGAAGGUUAUUUUGUUGUAUUUAGUGUUGAAAAGGUUGGUUUUCAGAAACAUUUCAUAAUGUCAGAAGGAAUACUGUCUUUUUUUUAAGUGUGUAUGGAUUCCAGUAAAUGUUUGUGUGAGUUUAAAUGUUGGUAUUUAUGAUUUGAAUGAAAGUGCACAAGGGCAUCAGCAACAAAUCCAGUAGAGGUAUCUAAGCCAGUGCAUAAACUCAGGUAGGAUUCCUGAUAGAUCUGGUACAGUGUUGGAAUACACUGCAAUGCUGGGGGGUCCUAUCUAGGAACUCUUGGUGGUGGUGACUGGUAUGGAUUUUGUUUAUGUUGCACUUGUACCUGCAUCAUACAAAGAUUACAGAAAGAUAUCCCAUAUACAGUGUACAGUAUUCUGUUUUUGAAAAGACAAUGCAAUGUUGCUGGCAGUUAGGUCCCAAGAAGAAUACCAGACAUGAUUUACAUAUUUCCAAUAAAGUCUGCUGCUGGACAUAACCAACUGUGUGCUUAGUGGAUCUUCUAUUUUUAAAUCAAAAUCCGGCCCGGUAAAGGUGUAGCACAUGGAAAUAGAAAGUAGAAAGAUACCAUAAGAAAAGAGAAGAAGAGGAGUGCUAUUGAACUCUUUUCAAUAUUUGCACUUUUUAUUUAAAAAAAAGCUCAGUGCUUCCCAAACUUCUUCCCACAGUGACUCCUAUUGUGAAGCUUGAAAAAUAAUUUGCUUGCCUCAGGAAACAAAAAACUAUGGUUCGGGAGGGAAGAGAAGAUUAUUUAGAGCCAUGAGGUGGGCUCCAAAGCAGUCAUUGCUGACUCCCAACCCUAUUUGGGCUUCCGGACCCCCACUUUUGAAAGUCUUGUUUAACAAAUUCCAUACACAUUUUUCCCAACAAAUUAGUUCUUGAAUUUUAUGCUCUCUCUCAGCAUGCAGUUGGCGACUAGACAGACUUCACUGGAAUAUGCACUAGGACAGGCUACAUCAUUGGUUUAAUAAAUAAAAGGAAGCCCAGAUCAUUGACAUUGCUUUCUUUUGACCUGAAUAUGGCAUUUGUAUUCAUUCUCUCUCAUUUGGCAGGGUCUGAUGCCAAUGUCACGGUAUCAGCUUCUUGUAGUGUUUCCAUCCCACAGUACUUUUGCCACAUUGUUAAUAGUUUAAAGGAGACAUGUUGGAAAGGGUCAAUUUUCACCUUUGUGUUGCAAUUUAUUUCUUACAGAAUGUAUUUAAUAUACAGAAAAACAGAAAAAAAAAAUGUUUCUCUAAGUAUGAGUCUCUGGAAAUAUCUGUGUUUUAAGAGUUUACUGUAUGUUUAAAUUGUAAAAAUGGUCUCAGUGUCAGUGGUGAUACUCACCUCCCCGAAAGAUGUCUAACAAUGAUCAAUGCAGCAUUUUCCAAUCCAACCAACACUGAAUUAGGGUCAAUUGAACUUAUUCCCAUUACAGACAAUAUAUGAAAUAUUUUUCUGGUAAUUAUAAAUAACUAUGAUGGUCUUUCAGGCCACUUAACUGAAUGGACUGGUUUAUGUUGCAAGGUACAUUAGAAUAACAGUAAUAAUGAACACUAUAUAUUGGCCCCUAUACAAUAUUGCAGAUUGUAGUUUGAUCAUAGCAUUUGCUUUUGUUCCAAGUAAUAUCUAGUUCUAAUAAAAAACAAAAACUGCUAGAAGCACAUAGCAUCUGUAAUGGAAGAAUAAAAGAUAAUGUUUCAAGUUUAGCUCUUUGUCUGAAGUGUGAGUAAGAUAUGUAUCUGAAACGGCCCUUUGUUAAUGUUUAAAGACGGGGUAAGCCUGAUGUGGUCCAUUAAUUGAACUCUGAUUAUCUCCUAAAUAGCUCAGAAUUUUUUUAUUUUCUUGUUAGAUUUACAGUAUAUUUUGCUUUUAUUAUCUGCUUGUGAUGAUUCAUCAUUAGGUUCUAAAAUAAAUUUGCACACUGUUGAUCCAAUGCUAAUGCCUAGGAAAUCUUAAACAAAAACUCAAAGAGGCAGUGUUUUUGUUAUAAAGACCCCUUUCUUGGAAUAUUGUUCACAAAAGCAAAAUAUAAUGAAAAGUAUGUGGUUUUGAUAAUUAUCAAAUUCUUGUGUAGAUGUUACAUACAAAUGUUUUAUUAGAUGCAGUACUAUUGGCUGGGAUCUUACAAGGGUGACUAGCGUAAUUCAAUAGACUAUAUAAAUGAGUAUAACACAUAUGCUAGAUAAAUCACAACCUAUCACAAAUAAUUUUUUCUCCUCCAGAAUUGUCCACAUCAAACCACCACAUCUCUUUUGCCUCUUAAAGUCACAGGGAUAACUAGUCAGCAUUAAAGCACAAAUGUGAGAAAAUAUUUCUUUUGUGCUGUUUGAUUUGGAUUGAAAAGUUCAAGCAAACUGUAGGAUAUGUGCCAUCCACUGCAGUGAAGCUAGAUAUCUCUAACAAAGUCAAAGCUGUUGCAGGAUCCUUGUGUUUAAGAGGCAGCUGUCAGGUCCCCUGACACUGAAACCACUUUCAUCAUGAACUGUUGUAUUUUUAAAGAAAUAGCAUGAUGCAUUUUUAUUAUCAAAACUGUGCUGCAGGGACUGAUGUGUAUUGUCAACUGAAGGAAUGUUGUUACAGCCAUGGUUGCUACAGUAAUGUAUGUUCCAUAAAUGGAGACCAUGGGAUGUUACAUUGACUUGUGUUAAUGCAAAAUAAGGAUUCAACAACAAAAAAAAACCAGCAUACGUUUACCAAAAAUGUCAAACAAGCAGUGCCUGUUUAAACUUGCAGUCUCUGUUGAGUUCAGUUGUAAAUCUAUUCAUUCAACUUGUUUUCUGCAAAGCUGAUCCAACUUGCAGAAUAUGAGGGUAAUUCCUGCUCAGCUGUCAGCUUCCUAGAGCUUGUUUACAUGCUCCAUAUUCACAGAGGCAGUUACACACAUAUAUAAAUAUUUGCAUUGAUGUGUGUAACAUCCUGAAGUUCCAUUUAAGUCUUGACACUGCGCAUUGUACAGAUAGUCUUUUCAUUGUGAGUGUGGCUCCCAAUCAAUCUGUGAAGAACUUUCUCCAGAUGGGAAUUCUGAGAGGAUUCUUACAAUGUAUUGUAAGAACUUUUUGAGAUAUUACUUUUGAGAUCAACUUUUCUAGGACUGUGUGUUUCCAUAGAUACAUGAUGCUACAUUUAGUACAGUAGUAGGUAACAAGUACCUGUAGUCAGUAAGUGCUUGCUAGCCACACACCAGGGUUGUUCCAUUUUGAAACUGGAGUUUUUAGUCCCACAGACACAGCAAUAGUAUCCAAAAGGAAAAUAUUAAAAAAAGCUAUUGUUAUCGCUGCAGACAAUGUACUGUAUUCUGUUUCCAAUUUGGAUGCAAGUUCUGGGAUGAUUCAAAGCUGUUGAGAUCAGUGCAAAUGAUCAACCCAUAAUGGGGUCUAAACUUUCACAAGUUUCAAACUGGUGUAAAUUCAGCUUGACUUCUGUGAUUGUAACUGUUAUAUCCAGCCUAUACUGCUAGCAGCUGCUCAUACUGCAGUCAAUUACUGGAAGUGGAUAUGUUUCCUAUGCAAAUAAAGAAAAAAACAGUUUAAAAAUAAAAAUGAGCUAUGCUACAA